UUGUGAACUAGCUGACCCGGCAGACUUUGUAGUGCCUCAAUCGAUAAAUAAAAGACCUGUGCUUUUGUAUAAAAUAAACUUAAAACAAACAAAAGGAAUUCGUUCGACGGGGGACAUAUCAAAGGAAAAACAAAAUUUGUUAUUUUUAUGUAUUUCCGAGCAUUUUCAUAUUUAUCUACUUUUUAAACCUUCUCUGGACUUCCGCAAAUAAUUCAAGAUUUAUAUUAUUAGCCAAAUCGGUCCAGCCGUUUUAGCGACUCGAGUUUUAACGAGACUAACGAACAGCAAUUCAUUUUUAUAUAUAUAGAUUAGUCCCUCAAUUCUAAACAGAAAUCAAUUUCUCGAAACCGUUUACUUCAUUCAACCGCUUACUUUAAUCAUAUCCGUAACAGCUGCUUUCCUAACAGUUCACAUUAAAUUCAAACUCCGUUUCCAAGGGCGCGAUCGCGCCAAAAUUCGCGCGCAAUGAAAUUACACUUUCUUUACAUGUAUAUAUGAUAUUUAUUUAUCAAUUUCGAUUUGUUUUUUGUACUGAUUAGAAUAAUAAGUUGUGUUAUUUUCGCUUUUCUCUAAAUGUGUUGGAUAAAGAUUAAUUUCAAUGAAUGUUUAUUCUUGAUAACCUUCAUUAUAUGUUGCCGGUCAAUUUCGUGAUUCUUUCAAUAUGUAAACACUACGUGGAUUAUAGAUAGCUGAUCGCUAGUAAUAUAUUACAUAACCUUACGAAACACAGACAAAAAAAAUCCGAUCGCAAAAUAUAAUUACAUCACAAUUCCCGUUUGAAUAACCACGUACAGUGAUUCAUUUGCAAGACCCUACUCUCAACGGGUCUUAUUAUCGGGUUUUAAUAAAACACUGCUUGUAGGUACAUUUAUACAUACAGCAAUGACGUACGCGUUCACCUCGACGGCCAACUUAUAUCAAUGGGCGGUCAAGAUUGACCGACACAAGAGCUCGGGAUCACCGCGUCUACAGUUUGAUAGAAAAAAAAAAAAAAAAAACGAAUCUACAAAAAAGGCAAUAGGUUCUUUUUUCUCGAUUCAGUUGAAAACGUAAUCUUGAGUGUGGUGCAUGUUUUAGUUUUAAAUAAAAAAAAUAAAAAUAAAAAAAGUGAAUAUGCGUAUACUCUGUGCUUUAUUGUGCUUCAGUUUAUGUACGGAAUUAGUUUUUUGUCAAUUCGGUUUCUUCCAGCAAAGAGAUGAGAAGAGAUUCUCGCCGUUCCAGUUCGCUCAGAAUCUCCUACCCAACCCGAAUCGGUUCCGAGAAGGCAUCAAUAACUUCUUCAACAUUGGCCCAAGGCCUAUAGCCAACGAGAACCCAAACCAGUACACACCAAACCAACUAGACCAAAAUUAUGACAGCGGAAUCCAGUCUCCCCCAAACCAGAAUCAAUUCACCGAAAACAAGCCAGUAGUGUUUCCCACCCCACCUCCCGAACCUGAGAUUCCGAACGACCAAAACGGUUACGGCUAUCAGCCCGAUCAGAACGAGGAGCCACAAAACAAACCGGUCCUGUUCCCGACUGAAGAGUCCAGAGCUGAUGAAACCAAUCAAGAACAGCCGAAUGAAAACCAAGACAACGUCCAGAAUCCUGGUAACCAAAACGAAGGGAAUCCAUUCACGGAGAAUGCUGCACAAGAUUUGAGCACUCUAGCACCAGUUCAACCCCAGUCGGAGGGGUACAGUGAUGUCCACACUGACACUAACUCGUUUGAGCACACCACCCUACUACAGCCCCUAACUCCACUCGCACUCCCUAAUAUAGAAUCCAGAAACGUGAAUUUCGGACCAUCAGGAAUAUUCAAUGAACCAUGCCAAACAGUGGAAAACGAGGUCGGGAGCUGUCUGAACUUGCUCCAGUGCACGCCUUACCUGAAAAUCGUUAAGGAGUUCAAGACGAAUCCUGCCGCUGCUGUACUACUCAGGAAGGCUCAUUGCGGCUUCGAAGGGUCUAAUCCUAAGGUCUGCUGUCCCCUCCCUGGCUUUCCAACGGUACCGCCAGAUACUACCACCACUACGACCACGACCACGCAAGCGCCGGCUCCGACGCAAUCCGCGAAAUCAGCGAUAGAGGACUUGGUACCAGCGUUCCCUGAGCCCCCGUACUGCGGCGUCAGCAAUGCUUCCUUCAGCAGGGUCGUCGGGGGAGUCAGCGCUAAACUUGGCGAUUUCCCUUGGAUGGUGAACCUUGGUUACAAGCCGCGCAGAGGCGGCGGAGUGCGCUGGCUGUGCGGAGGCUCCCUCAUCACCAGCAGGCACGUGCUCACGGCGGCGCACUGCAUGCACAACCACGACGAUGACCUGUACUUAGUGCGAGUGGGAGAGCUGGAUCUUGCCAGAGACGAUGAAGGUGCUACUCCUGUGGACGUUCUCAUUAAGACGAAGAUCAAGCACGAGCAAUACGAUGCCGCCUCUUAUACCAACGACAUCGGCAUCCUGGUGCUGGAGAAGGACGUACCUAUUACAGACUUGAUUAAGCCUAUCUGCAUCCCCAAGGACACAGAGCUUCGCUCCCGCAGCUUCGAGGACUACAACCCCAUCAUAGCCGGCUGGGGGGACACAGAGUUCCGCGGUCCAUCCGCAACGCACCUCCAAGUCCUGCAGCUGCCUGUGGUCAGCAACGACUUUUGUGCUCAAGCGUACUCGCCAUAUAAGAAUCAGAAGAUCGAUGAGAGGGUGCUCUGCGCUGGGUACAAGAAGGGGGGCAAGGACGCCUGUCAGGGGGACAGCGGGGGCCCUCUGAUGCAGCCCAUUUGGAACUCGCAGACCUACAAGACCUACUUCUACCAGAUCGGAGUGGUCUCCUUCGGCAAGAAAUGCGCUGAGGCUGGAUUCCCCGGCGUCUAUGCCAGGGUCACGCACUUCGUUCCCUGGAUCCAAGAGAAGGUUGUGGGUCAUGCGUGAUGACCCACUGGGAACCUCGGAGGAAAGUAGAGUUAAUGUGUGAUACUAACUAAACUGAUAUUUCGGACUAUCAGUAAGUAAUAAGAUCUGUAAUAGAGUUUUUAAAUGAAUUUACAAUUUGUUUUUUGUGCUAAUAAAAUAAAAUUGACUAUUAUUGAUAUUCAACAGUGAAGAUUAUAUUUAAUAGUGAUUUUUAUAAGUUUUGAGAAGUUUAAUAAAUAUUAAUCUGGAUGUAGUUCGGAAGCCUCGAUAAUGUAAACAUUACGUGUAUUAAGUACGGAAUAAACGAGGUGUUAUUAUCUUGAAAUAAUUGCAAUAAUAAUACAAAUAACUCAGAUGAUCGAAACGCUUCUUAUUUUUGUCAAUAGAUGUCGCUACACGACGCUCGAAAGCAGUUUUAGUCACAGAGUAUCUUUAUAUUUCGUUCAACAUAAAAUAUAUUUAAUAAAUGGAUGUAUUUAAUUAUUUAUUUUCCGAAUUAACUUAAAUAAAAUAGCUUACUAAUAUAGCAACUGUAUUCAUUAAAGUUUGCUUUUUUAUGGCAGGGUACUCAAACUUAAUUAAUUUAUUGUUUUUCAUGACGUAGUCUACGUAGAGUGGUUAUAGAUUUGUCUCUUGCAUCCACACUCAACUUGCAAUUUGUUAGAAAGAGAUAAAACACGAAUUAUUAACAAACAAACCAUGCCGUUAAUACCCAGAUGACACUUUUAAUAAAUGUUUAAUGUUUAUAGUUAAGUAAUCACAUAAAAAAUAUUGAGACAGGUACAUAGUGAUUAGUUAUCUAUAAAGUACAGUAUUUUUUACAUUAAAUAAUUACUUCAAGAUAUUGUGUUAAUAUUGAAAUAAAUAAGUAUUGUGACAGCAAAAUAUAAUAGAUUGAUUAUUAGUAGUUAGUUAAAAGGAUGUGCAUGUAAACAAAUUUGUCUUUAUAAUACACUGGAUAUCUUCUAUGGUGACAAAUGAAUAAAUCGCCUACAUGAAUAAAAUAUUUAAUUUUCGCUAAGGUUUGUUUUCGUGUUUAUUGAUUAUUUGAAUUCAUUUUACAAACAUUGAAAUUUACGUUAAAACACUAUGUAAAAAUGUUCAUACUUUUUCAGUAAAUAUGAACAGAAUUUAGUUUGUAAAGUAAAUAAAUAAAAUAAAGAUUAUUUCGAUGUUAUUACUCAAGUUGUGUAUGUUUAUAUAAUGUUCGUCACAAAAUGCCAACCUCAAAGAAAACUAGCACGAUUUUGGCGUUGCGUUUUCAUAUUUUUUUUACGGAAUAAAUUAUUUUUUCACUA